UUCCCUACCCGCGACUUUCCCAGCAUGGCCGCCCGGCCGCGACAUUUCCUCACUUCCGCCCGUGCGGGGGAACCCCCGUAGCGGAUAUAGCGGCUCCCGCUUCCGGCCGCGUCCCUUUUCGGUCGCGGCUGCCACCACGCCAACAUGCCCCUGGCGAAGGACUUGCUGCACCCUUCCCCCGAGGAGGAGAAGAGGAAGCACAAGAAGAAGCGGCUGGUGCAAAGCCCCAACUCCUACUUCAUGGACGUCAAAUGCCCGGGUUGCUACAAGAUCACUACGGUGUUUAGCCACGCUCAGACCGUCGUUUUGUGCGUGGGUUGUUCGACCGUGCUGUGCCAACCCACGGGGGGAAAGGCGAGGCUGACAGAAGGCUGCUCCUUCAGACGAAAGCAGCACUAAGCGAAGGGAGCGAGGGAUGGAUGGGACUCCUCGCGCAGAGCACGAGAGCAGGGGCUGCCGCCGCAGAGCUGCGCGUCCAGGCCUGACCCGAGUGCGUGGGCAGGCGCCCGCGGAAGGACCACCGCAAAUGUGACUGUCACGCUGUCCCCGUAGCCUCACCCGUCUUGCUGUCAAUAAAUUUUGGAUAAAAUACACACAAA